GGUUUGGUUUUGUCUGCCACAAAUUGGUACUCCACUGCUGGUUCAACGCGUCACACUGGUUGUGCUCCACUUUCUUAAUGACGCGUUUCGCGUCAUGUUCAUACCGUGCCCGCCGCUCCUCCUCGUCCUCGUCCUCGUCCUCGUCGGCGGGGCGGGAAACGUAUAUAAGGCAUGCCCUUCGUACCCUUCCUCCUCACUCAGUUCCCGCUUUCCACCAUCAUCACAAUCAUACAACUUUCAUCUUUCAUACCUUCUCAUCAUCAUGUCCGACACUGGCAGACAAUCUUGGACUGACAAGGCUUCCGCCGCAGUCAAGCCCGACUCCCAGAAGACUACCACCGAGCACAUCGGUGACAAGUUCAAGGGCAACGCAGACUCUGCCGCGUCUUCGGCGGAGCCCCAGAGCCAGAAGUCGACUGGUCAGGGCAUCACUGAUGCCUUCAGCGGCAACUCCAACGAGACUCAGCCUUCCGUGACCCAGAAGGUCAAGAACUCUCUCGGCUUGGGUGAAACCCAAUGAGCUCAGUCGGAACGUGAUUGCAUUGUAAUAACACCGUUGUAUGAUAUCCUGGGUUGAAAGGACGCAUUGUGUAAUAAACACGUCUCAGUU